UCUGCGUCUUUGAUAGGUAGUUGAUAACAGACUCCCAGGCUGACGGGGCUGGCUCACCUUGCUGUAUAUAAAGCCCAGCGGCAGCAUCUCCACAGCCAUUCGAGGACAGAAGAGUCUCUUGAAAAGCUGCAUCCCUCCACCUCGCCGGAUUUCCCAAAUGGCUGUGUUCUUCGCCGUGGCCCUCCUGGCCGUGACGUGUCCCUCGAUGGCGUUCGACAUGGGUCAGUCCACUCGUUGCGUCACUAUCCCCAACCGGAUGAAAGUCUGCAAAGACGUCGGUUACUCCGAGAUGCGGCUGCCCAACUUCCUGGGUCACAGCAACCUGGACGUUGAGGUGGUGCCCCGUUCAGAGGACUGGAGGCCUCUGCUGCAGACCGGCUGCCACCCUCAGGCCCAGACCUUCCUCUGCUCCCUCAUCGCCCCCGUCUGCCUCGACACAUUCAUCCGCACGUGCGGCAGUCUGUGCGUGGCGGUGAGGGACAGCUGUGCCCCGGUGCACGCCUGCCAGGGUCACCCGUGGCCCGCGGCUCUUGAUUGCGACCGCUUUCCUGCUGAGGAAGACAUGUGCCUCUCUCCCCACGCAAAGUCGAACUACUUUACCAAAGGAAUCCCCAAAGUCGCUUGCCAGAACUGCCCGUCUGUGGAAGAGGCCCCUGCAGUGAAAACGGUCCUGGACAGCUUUUGCCAGCAUGACUUUGCUGUGACGGCCAAACUUCACCGCCGCCGCAGCCCCGCCGGAGAGCCGGAGUACGAGAUUGACGGCCGCGUUGAGUUCAUCCGCCAGGGACCUCUGCUGCCCUACGACACCCAGCACCUCCUCCAGCAGUGGCUCCUCAUCAACCUCGGCUGCGCCAACGGCCUGGUGCGUCCCGGCAGGUCACAGCUCUGCGUGCUGACCGGCUCGGUGCAGCACGAUGGAACCCUCGCUCUCACCCGCGUCUUCCCGUGGAACAAAAAGGACGCGAGCAUUGCGGCGGCCACGCGCAAGUGGAAGCACCACAGAUGUUGAACGGAUUGAUGGCGACAUGUUAAAUCUGGAGCUCUGACUCCCGUGUUUUAGGUGUGUGUGUUUGAUUCAGGAGAAGAUGGCUCACUGUCUCCUCCCAGCUCGGACAGCACACGGUAAUAGAAUGCACUCAAACCUGUACAUAGUAUGUAUGAAUUAAUGUAAACCCAUUGUAGAUUAUAUUUUUCUUUAAUGAUGUUGGUGUAUUUAUGUCAUCCUUGUGUAUUUUUAAUGCGGUUGAAGAUGACAAUAAAAUGUUACAAGACUA